CCCGGUGCAACGGCGAAUGCGAAUGCAGGCAGCGCAUGAAUAUUAUCUCCAGCUUGCCACUUCGGAAGUAGGUCACCGCUCACCGAUUUGUUCACCAUGUCUCCAGCUACUGUGGGCUGUUUGGUCCACGGAUCGCUCCCCGGGUCCGCAGCUCUACCGAGUAGAAACUGAUCAUCGGGAAAAGAAACAAACAUCACGGACGGGAGAUUUUUAUUGUUAUUAUUUUAUUUAAUUUUUUUCAAAUUGAGUGGGUGAUUAUUUCCAACGGGACACGCGAGGUAAUGGUGAAUCGCUGCUGUGUUUCAGUCACAGUUGGAGAUGACAGGGUCGGUGGUUAGGCUGCUUCUAACAACUCGGCUGUAAUACGAGCCUCCUAAUGAUACUGAUAUUAACUAGCAGCUCCGAAAAAGCCCGAUUGAGUGAGGAUGGUCGGGUGUUUUCCACUCGUUUCCCCGCUGAGGAUCUCUCCUUUUAUUUCCUACUUCUCAUAUCGCAGCCUGCACUCCUGCUACGGCAUGCUGUCAGAUUAACACUGUCCACCACCACCACCACCGUGGCCAACUACGAUCUUCAAGAGGCGAGUCAUUUAGAGCCAUAUGGACCCAGAUGAUGAUCCAUGAUGAUAUCCACUGAAAGCCCAGUCUGAGCUGAAACCCUCCACCAAUCAGAAACCCGUGGAUGAAGACAGUUUAGUGAAUCUGCUCCCAGACGCUGAGAAUAUGGUGAAAGCUCAGCGGUGCCAGACGGCGAAAUGCGGAAAGCCCAAGAAGGAGAGGGGAAGUAAGGAAAAGCAGGAUGGUGUGAAGAAAGGGAGAGGGGGGGUGAUUGAGCUGAAGAGGAAGAAAAAGAGGGACAAGAAAGACUUGCACCGAAAUAAAAAGAAGAAACUAGCCGUGAGUGAUGGAGAUGCGUUGGACUGUUGCGUGUUGCUCACCCGUCUGGAGGAGAAAGCAGCUGCUGGUAAAGAGAAGAAUGCACUAAAAGCUGGGAAGAAAAGGAGUGUAAAAGUUAAAAAGAAGCAACACUCCAUCCAAAGAGGGACCAAACAUAGACUCAAGAAAACCUCUGUCGCCAAUCAGCAAGCACUGGAACCAAAAAACAACCAAUCUGACGCCUUACUCAUGAUGCCCUCAGCUAUGUUUGAGCCCCGCAGAAGGAGAAUGGCUUCGCUUAACGCUGAGGCUGUCAACAGCUUGCUGCUCUACAAAGGCGACUCACUCAUGGCGAAUAACGCAAAGAAAUGUCAGCCAUCCAACGAAGAGCCAGCAAAAGAGCUCACUAAAACUGAACACGGAGAUCAGAAAACCAAAAAAGGUUCUUUGGAAGGGAAAGCAGUCCAAAAAGAGAGACCGAAAAAACAAAAGCGUUCCACAGCUGAGGCUCAGAACAUCGACUGGUUGAGUUUGCUUGCACCGACACCUCGGCGUCAAGCAGGCCUCACCGCUGCAACGCUGCUCAAACUCACCAGUGCCCCAUAUGGGGCCAAACGGCAAAGGAAGGUGGAGUCCAAGCCAGGGAGUAGAAGUGAAGCUGCAGCUACGACUCAGGAUGGAAUGAGUGGUAAGCCUGUGUGCAAAGGAACAACACACACCAAACGAAGAACACAUCCCAAACAUGAGGGGCAACUAAAGCACAGAAAACAGGGCACAGAAGAUCCAGUCCAUUCCCAGGUGAGCCCCGCCAUCCAGGAAUGCUGCAGUUUGUGUAAGACGGAGACUUUGGAUCCGGAGUGGAAGGGUGCCACAGGGGGGCAGGAGUGUGUCAAGCAUCCUCUCCACUGUGGCUCUUCUCUGGGAUUCUCCUUAAAAACAAUCAAAGAGGAGCAGGUGGAGACGGAGGUGUCUUCCUGUUACUGCUGCUCCCAGGAGAGAUGUGUCGAGUACUUUCACAGGCUAGCCCUCUUCCUGGAUGACAAAACCUUCAAGGAACCAGAGGACGGCUCACUGUCUGAGGUGUUCCACCACCACCAUCAUCAUCACCACCACCAUCACCACCACCAUUCUGUCGGCCACCCGGCGGCCAUAACCAUCAGCCCGCACACGUACACCUGUUUCCCAGGCUACUACGUCCAUUUCAGCCACCCGGACAACUCCGCCUCCACCAUAUCACCCCUCGCUUUAUGCCCAAGCGGCAGCAAGAGGCCGAAGCUGCUCCCCAGCACGGGUCCCCAACCCUCAGGGAUUAGCCAUCCAGUGUACUGCUGCACCUCAGUGAAACCGUGCUACGGAGAGCCCUGCAGGAUCAACGGCUACUCUGCUUAUACCAGUGUGAUUCCAGCAAUUAACAGAGGAGCGUGCUCCUCUGGCCCCACAGACUGCAUCAAAUGUAACCACAGCGUAAAAAGAGAUGACUACCCAGCAACCAUCAAUGACCACCACAGCCCCUCCUCUAUCCCCAUUUGUCCCAGCCCUCGAAUCCUUACUGGCUGCCCCGUUCCCACUGUGCCUCCAGCCGGCCAAUCAGUGCCCCACAUCCAGACUCCGCUGUCUGACCCCAGCCAACCGCAGCCUCCGCUGAAGGUGGCAAAGGAGUGUCCACAGAGUGCCAAGCAGCCCAGCGGGUCAAGGUCUGGCGCACGCAGCACCGGCAGCAUCAGCUCGGCUGUCUGCCCUCUCAACAGAAACAAGAAACAGAAGCUCAGCUGUGCCAGUGACGGAGGGCAAACGGUUGCCAAGCAGCCGAAGAAUGGCCGCCAAAAAUCCACCAACGGCUGGAGGCCAUUUGGCCUGUCCUUUGAGAAGGAGGUUUUCUCUGUGGGAGAGGACACUUUGGUGCUGAGGAAGUGCUUUGAGGGAGUCCACAGGGACGGGGAGCUGAUUAGAGUCAGAGACACUGUUCUGCUGAAAUCUGGACCUAGAAAAAAGUCUCUGCCUUACGUGGCUAAGGUCUCAGCUCUGUGGGAAGAGCCAGAGUCAGGAGAGCUGAUGAUGAGUUUGCUUUGGUACUACCGUCCAGAACACACACAGGGAGGACGCAACCCCAGUGUACAUUGUGAGAAUGAGGUCUUUGCAUCCCGUCACCAGGAUGUGAACAGUGUGGCCUGUAUUGAGGACAAAUGCUAUGUCCUAACAUUGGCACAGUAUUGUCGAUUUUGUGCCUUGGUAAAACGCCGUAGAGAAGGCGUCAGCGACAGCGCCGCCUCCCUUGUAGUGCCCCCUGUUGUUGGAAACGCCAUGCCCACCCACCACUGUGUGCCCGAUGACACUGACCCAGAGCUGGUGUUUUUCUGUCGACACGUCUACGACUUCCGCUACGGACGCCUCCUCAAGAACCUGCAGUAGUAUCUGACGAGGCAUGACAUCACAUUACACCCCGGUUUCAUCUGCCACAGAUUCUCACUGGCUGCCUCCGUGAGAGAGGAACUGGAGUUUCGGACGACGGCUUGACAGCUUAUUUUCUUUUCAGUCUCUCAUUCAUGCUUACAUGUCACGCAUUUAUUAAGUAAACUAAUGGUUUGACGUAAUAUAUAAGAGUUGCUAUGGCAGUGUAAAUCUUUUUCUUUUAUCAUACAUGGCUCUCUGGUGUUGUAGCAGCUGUGUGAAGAACCUGGAACGUACUCUGCUGUAGAAAAAGCUACUGUAGCUCUUAGAAAUGUGAAAUUUGAUUAGAUUGCCGAGAACUCGAUGUUUCAUGUGAAUAAUGCUACUAUCUGCCUGACAGACAACAGAUAACACAAAGUAUCUUGAUAUGCCAUAGAUAAUGAAAAUAUGUGGCAUAUUGUGCCACACCGGAUGGUGCAGCUGAAGACUUAAUCACAUCUUUUUUUCACUCAGUUUAUUUCUGCUGCUUUGAGCUGCACUGAGUCCAUUUGAUAGUGAAAACAUGGCGUUUUCUACUGACACGGCAUAUAGAAAUCUUACUGUAAUGCAGCUGUGUUCAUGCUGUUCUGAGAAAUAGUGAUAGUCUGGGAAAUGUGCUUGCUUGUGAUAAAUAAGAAGGAAUCAGUUUCAUGUCUGUUUAAUCAAAAUGAAAUAAUCACCAGCAGCUGGUUAGUAUAGCUUAGCAUAAAGUCUAAGUCUGACUCUCGGGGCAAUGGUCGGAUACUAUAUAUGUAAUUAGCAGCUGUCAAGGGCAAGAACACCUGUUCUGUCAGAGGUUUAUCGACUGCAUGCGACUACAGAUCAGUUUUAAAGAAGCUAGGUGUGUUUCAGUAAAUCAGCAAUCCCUAUUUUUCCCCCUCUAAAUGCAUGCAGUCGAAGCAUGCUCAAACAUGAUUGGUUGAUAGAACGUGGGCUACAAGCAGACUACAAAUAUCUGCAUACAUAUCUUUUUGGAGCGAUUGUGCUAAGCUUAAUUAGCUGCUGGCUCCAGCUGUGUGCUUACAACGUAUACAGAGAGUGUUCUCAUCCAAAUCUCAGCAAGCAAGCAUGUGAGGAAAUUUCCCAAAUAUUGAAAUUGACAUUUUUGUCUAAUGGUGAUUGAUUUUGGAGAGCUUUGCAGCGCGCCCCAAAGAUAGCCAUGAAAGACAUUCUCAGUCAAACGGUUUGAUUGAAUCUAAUUAGCAGUGAAAAAGUAUAACAAGAGUGAGCAAUUAAAGGUUUUUUGGCUUCUUCUCUACUUAAGUUUUGAGAGAGAUGCAGGUUUUAUUCCGUAUCUGUAUCUGUAGUGAAGACACGGGCAUGCUAACCGCUAAAAGACAGCGAGAGUUUAGUUUGCUUGCUUUCACAUUGCGAGGAUCAGCCGAGCAUUAAAGGGGAUUUUUGUUAUGCCAAUGCCGAGGAAUAUUUAACUUUUUCAAAGCUGUUUACCAGAGGUGUGAUUUGACUCCGGUGUCAGCGUACUGUAUAUUUGCAUUUAAAUAUCUGGAUGGGUGUCUGUUAGUGGCAGAUGGCAUCAGUUAGUCACGUAUAUUCUUGUUUCUUCACUGAUGAGCUGGUGAAUAAUAUAGUCAGUGUAGCAUUUAGAUCUGUGAUGAUGAUUCGUUCCUAUGUUUGAGAAAAGAUAUGUAUUUAUGUCUGUACUGAGAAAAUAUAUAAUUUAUUUUCAAAAGAUCAUUUUAAAGAGUUUUAGAUGAGUGGCUUGCAUUCCUGAUUAGAAAGGAGGCUGACGAUGUCUCUCCGUAGCUGCACUGUAUAAGUGUGAGAGUCUUUGCAGCAGUAUUUCUGUGUUUCAGCUCGCUUACCCAAUACAAGCUCGUGCAAUUUUGCUUUGAGACACUGAAGUAGGCAAUAGGCAGAUUUGAGGACACAUAUGGAGUAUUUGGAAGGAUCUCAGAUGCGGUUUGAAGGACAUGCGCUAACAUGUGACCAGAGAUGCUAAACCUUGCAGGACCAAAAUGUACCCUGGCCUUUUCCAGCUUCCUGUCAUCCUCCUUUUCAUUUCCCCUGAGAUGGUGAAGCUUUGCCUCUUCAUCUUUAAAUGCUGAUUGCUUCACUGAUUUUAACUUACCAUUAGCCUGUGCCCUGGAUCUUUGCUGCCUUAUAGAACAUUCCCAGCCUUUUAUUUAGUAACGUGUAUUGAUCACAGUCUGGAGUUAUGAAGCUAGUAAGUGCGCUGAUCUUGAUUCCUAGAUGCUUGACAUGUAUUUCAGUGUUACCUGUGAUCUUAUGUGACCUGAAAGUCCAUCUUAAUCAAAAUUUUUAUUGAGAGUGAUGUUUGGUAUCAAACUACUUAACUAGUUGAGAGUAGAUGAGGAUUUUUUUUUCUUUUUUUGGAGAAACUAACUUUUUACAGAGUGUGGUAUGACAAUACUGACAAUUCUUUCAUAUCAGUACUUUAAAUAUAAAGCAGAAGCUAGUUAGCUUAGCGAUCUAUAACGCUUGGAAGUGGGAGCGGGCGGUAGAAAGCCAGAUGCACCCUUAUCAUCUGUGAGCAUAAUAGGUAACAUUAUGUAUGUAAUUUGUUUAGUCUGUAUAAAUCAAAGUGUUAUAACAAAUUUCUUGUUAGCAAAUUUUGUGUUGUUUUUGGUUUUAUGCUAGGCUAAGCUAAGCUAACCAGCUGGUUACGGAUUCAUUUCUUACAUGCAGACCUUAGAGCAUUCUGCCAUUGAGGAAAAAAAAAAUGUUUUUUUGCCAUCCAUAAGUCACAAUUUGGGGUUAUUAUGCCAUUCAAUUCAAUUCAAGUUAAGAAUCUUAACAUUUUAAUUUAUUAAUUCAAAAAAUAUCAGAAAAUAACUCAAAAUACUUAUAAAAAACACCUUCAAACUUGAAGUUAGGUCAAAACUUUGAGAUAAUAAUCCACUUUUUUUUUUUUUUACUUAUGGAUAGCCAAAAACAUAUAUUUUUAAGUGGCAUAAACAAGCUUGCAUACUGUUUUUUGUUUGUUUGUUUGUUUGUUUGUUUGUUUUUUGGUAACUCUCCACAAGAAAGCUUUGUUCACAAAAUGUCAAUCACCUGGGGCCAAGCAGCAAUGCAAAAUUUGGCACAUUGAUUGGUGUCACUGAUUGUUUUAUUCUUUUCAUAUCACAGCCCAUUAUUGACUAUUUGUGCAUUAUAUUAUAUAUACCUGUUUUUGUUUGUUUGUUUGUUUGUUUGUUUUUUUAGAUUUAUGGUCUUUAUGAAAAGCCAAGCAGGAUAUCUUACCAUAACUUUGAUUUAUCCAUGCAAAGAUCAGUAUGUGGAUUUGGGACCCCAUUUGAAGGAAACAUUAAAAAAAAACUUGCCCAUUGAUCAUUGGAAGCAUUCUAAUAAAUAAAUUCUUCUUUCUCUUGCAAGUCCCAAAGCUAACCACUUUACUGGAAUUUUUCCCAGGUACAAAUUCUUUGCAAUCCUAACCAAAAUUGUCAAUCUUCAGACCGAAUAUCAAAAGAUUUACCAGAUGGAUUUUCAAUUUCUCAAACUGCUUUUCUGACAGAAAGUGGAAUCUCAUCUCAGCUACUGUUUCAUAUAAUGACACGAAAUUUCAUUUGGGGACUUUUCAUGAUUUUUGCUACAAUAAGAAAAAGAAAAAAGCCACGUUUUAUACUCAUAUCAAGAGGUUGUUGUGACUUUGACCUACAAGCACAGUAGUAUUUGAUAGUCAAAAUUUUAGGUGGGGUAUCACUUUAAAAUGCUCACAUCCCGCCUACAUCUCCUUUGCUCCUUAUCCUCUGUAAGUGGCAUAGACAUUUUUUGUUUGUUUGAAUUCAGAAAUAAUUUAAAUAGAUGUCUCAUAUUCAUUUAUUUCUGUUUAUUUCAAUUCAUCUGAAUUUAAAACUAUUCCAUGCUAUUUUAAUAUGUCCCGAUGACUUAAAUAUUAUCAUGUCUUUAUUCAACAAACGUUUUAAAAAAAAUCCUGAAUAUUGCUUGAUGGUGUAUGAAGUAUAGCCAACUUGAAUCAGGUGAAAAUAUUUGGUUUGAUUUGGUUCAACAACUUAAAUCCAGAAUUAGAAAACCACACCACGCACAUUUUAUGGCCUUAGGAAUCACUCAGCAAACUAAUUAUGUUUAAUCAAGAUGUGUGAUGCUUGUGUCUUAAUUGGUCCUCUGUGCCUGUUCCCAUUAUCCUGUAUUACAUGUAUUCCAAGAAUUUUCCACAAAGAAAAGUACAAAUAGUCACUGUAGUUUUUGCGUACCUUUCAAAUGCCUUUCACUUUUCAUCAGAUGACACAGUUCUUGGUAUUGAGCUUGAAUCACCACAAAGAAAUGCUUUCACCAAAAAGACUAAGACUAAAAGAGGGCAGGGGAUUAAACCAUGAAUUGAACUUCAUUCCCAGGUGUACUUCUUAUGUGAAUUUGUUUGUUUCUUUGCAUGGCUUUUUUUUUUGGAAAUAUCUUGGAAAUAUUAAUCACAGCACAGAUUAUUUGUAUGGUUUCAAAUGGACCUGUAAUAUAAGAAAAAUAUUUAAUUGUAAUAAAUAAUAUAUGAGUUUGAA